GUGCGCAGUGAGGCCUCUUAUUGUGGUCUUUCAACCGUCUCAGACUUUUGUCUUAUCAGCUCAAUUUAAAUCACAUUUCAGAACCACCUUUCACACUCACUAGUAGUUUGAGGCAGCUUUCACAUGGCAUACAUGACAUUUCUUAGUUCCACGUUUUCCUCACGGUUUCCUGCUUUUCAUGCAGCUCUUGUAGGUGCUCUGUGUGUCUCCUGCAGGUAACGUUCGGCCGUGCAGGGCGCGUCAACGUGAUGCUCUGUGACCGGAGCAGGAACACAACAACAAUACUGCCACCGCCUGGUGAUUCGCCUGAACUGCAGAGCGUUUUUUCCACACAAUAAGCUUUGUGAGCAUCUGAGGAGAUCAGUCUGCAUGCGUGAACGCAGUGUGGCCUGUGCAGCACGGCGACACCAUGCUGGACGCGGGCAUGUUGCUGUGAUUUACAUGAGUUCUGGUGGACGCACCUUCCUGCUGUGGCGGUGAAACAGCGUCCAGCCCAACGCAAAGCGGCAGGCAGCUUCACUCGGUUCGGACGCCUUUUCCACCACCUGUGAGUGCGAGAUGACGGCCAACAGCAGGUACAAGAGCCGCGCGCCCCGGGCAGAUGAUGCAGAGGAAAAAGAUUAUGUUGGUUUUGCGACACUGCCCAACCAGGUGCACAGGAAGUCAGUGAAAAAAGGGUUUGACUUCACCCUCAUGGUGGCAGGUGAGUCUGGUCUGGGUAAAUCCACUCUGGUGAACAGCCUCUUCCUCACUGAUCUGCAUAAAGACAGAAAGCUGCUCAAUGCAGAGGAGCGCAUCAGUCAGACGGUGGAGAUCACAAAGCACACAGUGGACAUCGAGGAGAAGGGGGUGAAGCUCAAACUGACCAUUGUGGACACUCCUGGUUUUGGAGAUGCUGUCAACAACACUGAGUGCUGGAGGGCAGUCACAGACUACAUCGAUCAGCAGUUCGAAAACUACUUCAGAGACGAGAGCGGACUCAACAGGAAGAACAUCCAGGACAACAGAGUGCACUGCUGCCUCUACUUCAUACCUCCGUUUGGACACGGGCUUCGCCCGGUUGACAUCGAGUUCAUGAAGGCCCUGCAGGAUAAAGUUAAUGUCGUUCCUCUCAUCGCUAAGGCCGACUGCCUCACGCCCACUGAGAUAAAGAAACUCAAAGAGCGACUGAGGGAGGAGAUAGAUAAGUGUGGGAUAAAGAUCUACCAGUUCCCUGACUGCGACUCUGAUGAGGAUGAGGAGCUCAAACUUCAAGAUAAAGAGCUGAAGGAGAGCGUUCCCUUUGCAGUGAUCGGCAGCAACACUGUGGUCGAGGCCCGCGGUCAGAGAGUGAGAGGGAGGCUCUACCCGUGGGGCAUCGUGGAGGUGGAGAACCCGUCCCACUGCGACUUUGUGAAGCUGAGGAACAUACUGAUACGAACCCACAUGCACGACCUGAAGGACAUCACCAGCGACUGUCACUAUGAGAACUACAGAGCUCAGUGCAUCCAGAACAUGACCAGUAAGAUGAAUGCAGACAAGCGGGUGGAGAGUCCCAUCCCAGUCCUGCCGCUGUCCACCCCAGACGUGGAGACGGAGAAACUCAUCAAAAUGAAAGAUGAAGAGCUGAGAAGGAUGCAGCAGAUGCUUCAGAAGAUGCAGCAGCAGAUGCAUGAGCAGGACCUGUGACCUCUGACCCCUUCGUGUGCGACAUCUGUGACCUUUAAGAUUUAAAAAGCCAUGUGUUCAGGGGCUGAGACGAAGAAAUCUUGAGAUAACGUCAGUCAGUAUUUGCUCUGCUUCUGACUGGACACGCAGGGACGGUGGAUGUUUCUCAGUGUUUUUGGCAUUGUAAAAACUUUCAUAGACUUAGCUUUUUUAAUGCAGUCAUUAGCCAAGUGAGUCUAGUAAGGCAAUAGCGAGUAGUUUGCACUUUGUUACCUUUAGAUCCCAGUAGAUUUCCAAGCGUGUUUUAUACUUGAAUACUGAAUUCAUUUGGUAGUUUAUGCACCGGUCGUGUGGUCGCCUGCUGCAUGUGUGGAGUGACGCCUGCCUUUAAAAGUCGCUGAUGGUUUGAAAUUUACCGGCCUUACUGGCAUGUGCACAUUCUGAGUGGCAUAUAACUUUAUUUAAAUGGCACAUUGCUAAUUACAAAGAGCUUCACUAAAGACAUAAAGCCAG